GCAACUGGACCUGCAGAGGAGUCUCCCCCCUCUUCUCCGUCUCUGCGUGUCUCCCUAGUAAAUCCUGCACUUCUCGCCCAGGUGUGACAUUUUUGGAGUGCCUCACUCAACUGGAACCGCGCGCGACCCGCCGAGAAGAUGACGGACGCCGCACCGCCAGACUCCACCGCCGACCCGGACCCGGUUGUAGUGGACCCCGCGGCGGUGAACGGGCAGUGCGAGCAGACGGACUCCCAGCAGCAGGAGCAGCAGCCCAACACAGAAGGUCAGGGAGAAGGUUUCAAGAUGGACCAGGAGAUGAAGAUAACAGACAGCGUGGAGGACGGAGGUCUCCUGGAAAGCAGUAUGCGCCUGAAGCCCCACGAAGCACAGAGUUACCGCAAGAAGGCUCUGUGGGUGUCCUGGGUCUCCAUAGUGAUCACGCUCAUGCUGGCCAUCGUCUCUUUCACUGUGUCCAUCAUGCGCCACAGCGCCUCGGCGUUUGGAUUUGCCUUCGACGCCUCCCUGGACGUGUUGUCCUCGGCCAUUGUGCUGUGGCGGUACAGCAACGCCGCGGCCGUCCACUCGGCACACCGCGAAUACAUAGCCUGUGUCAUCCUGGGCGUGGUUUUCAUCCUGUCCUCCCUGUGCAUUCUGGGUAAGGCCAUCCACGACCUGGCCACCAAGCUGCUACCUGAAGUGGAUGACUUCCUGUUCAGUGUGGCCAUCGUCAGCGGCCUGGUGUGCGUCACCCUGGCCGUGAUCAAGUUCAUGCUCGGCAAAGUGCUCACAAGCCGGGCCCUCAUCACCGACGGAUUCAACUCACUGGUGGGGGGAGUCAUGGGGUUCUCCAUUCUCAUCAGCGCCGAAGUGUUCAAGCAUGAGCCCCAGGUGUGGUACCUGGAUGGGUCAAUAGGCGUCCUCAUCGGGCUCAUCAUCCUCGCCUAUGGAGUCAAGCUGCUGAUCGACAUGGUCCCGCGGCUCCGACAAACCAGGAACUACGAGCGCUUUGAGUGACGGACCGCGGAGGGAAAGGAGGGAGAAGUGGAGGGUUUGGGAGGGAUGGAAGGGGGGCCGACUGACAGGAGAGAGACGAGGGGGGUCACAGUCCACACACUCUCUCCACAGACAAUCACAUGCGGCCCUCCAGUGUGUAUACAGUUCUCUCAUUCAUCUGAGGAUCCAGGCCAGUGACGACGGCAAGGGAUGGAUGAAAUCCUUGCCGCCUUUUGAAGUGUUUUACGAUUUGGUACAUAUAAUAUCUUUAUCUGUCUUUUAACAGUGAACGGGUCAGUCUGUUGUUUUCACGCCUCUGUAUUUAAACAAGAUGGUUGAAAAGAUGGAGGCAGUUGAUUGUGAAAGCUUGGACUGCAGCGUACGGGAGACAUGUGGACACCAGAGAAUCCACAACAAGUUGAUGUACAUUACCUCAGUUACACCUCAUCGCCCUGUCAAAACACUGCAGUUUAUUUUCCCAUGGUUCUUAGAGGCCUUUGCUCAGCUGUGCUAUAAAGUGAAAGUGAUCGAUGUAGCAGCGGAGGAUUAAUGGUGUUUCACCCUUUCUUUAUGUAUCAAUACAACGCUCGGUUGGGAUGGGGGGGGGGGGGUAUCUAAGCACACAGAGAGGCUCGGUAACAUGUGAGUUACUGUUUACAAUAUUCAUUGGGGCUGUUGUGGCGGGAGCCCGGAGUUGGCUCCGUUUCAGCAGCGUAACGCCAACUUCCAGUCCUGGACGAUAGAAAUCUUUUUGGCAUCCAGUCGCAAAAAGAGAAGUCACGACCUCACUCAGCCUCCACUUCACUGAGAUGUAACAGA